AUGUCCACCACACAGACACAGCGCAAGUUUGAGGGAUGGGCGGCGAUGGACGAGAACUCGGUCAAGGGUCAGAUGAAGUGGACCGAGUACGAGCCCAAGGAGUUUGCGGACGAUGAUGUCGAGCUCGAGGUCCAGUACUGUGGUAUCUGCGGCUCUGAUCUCCACACCAUGUCCAACGGCUGGGGCAGCGCCAAGGACAUGUACCCCCAAGUCGUCGGUCACGAGAUCGUCGGCAAGGUCGUUCGGGUCGGCAAGGACGUCAAGCACCUCAAGGAAGGCGAUGUCGCUGGCGUCGGCGCUCAGUGCGACUCUUGCCUCGAGUGCGACAGCUGCAAGAAGGGCGAGGAGAACUACUGCUCUAAGGGCAUCGUCGGUACCUACUGCGCCAAGUUCUCGCGCACGUCCUCCGGCUCCAAGUCGUACGGUGGCUACGCCAACUUCUGGCGCGGACCUGCUCACUUCACCCUCCCCAUCCCCUCCAACAUCGACCCCGCCGAGGCCGCGCCGAUGAUGUGCGGUGGUGUUACCGUCUUUGCCCCGCUCAAGCAGUACGGUGCCGGAACAACCGCAAAGGACGUAGGUGUCGUCGGUAUCGGUGGAUUGGGACACUUCGCCGUUCUCUUUGCGACCGCCAUGGGCGCCAAUGUGACCGCCAUCUCGCACUCGCACAAGAAGGACGAGGACGCCAAGAAGCUCGGAGCUAAGAAGGUCAUUGUUACCGGCGACGACGUCAAGGCGGCUUUCAAGGGCCACGAGCGUUCUUUGGACCUCAUCAUCGUCUCUUCCAACGCCCCCAACAUGCCUUUCGACGCCUACCUCUCGCUUCUCCGUCCCCACGGUCACCUCGUCAUCGUCGGUGUCGCAGAGGAGGGUUCUCUCCCCAACGUCCACCCCUUCAACCUGAUCAUGAGCAACGUGCACAUCUCGGGCUCCCUCAUCGGCUCCGUCAAGGACAUCGCCGAGUGCCUCAAGUUCGCUGGCGACCACAACAUCAAGGCUUGGGUCAAGCGGUACCCCAUGAAGGACGCGAACGAGGCGGUUGUCAGUAUGAAGGCGGGAGACGCUCGCUACCGUUAUGUGCUUGUCAACGAGGAGCACGGUGGUAAGAUGAACGCCUAG